AUGAUCAAAAAAUAUACAUUAACAUUUAAUUCGUCUGAGCUGGAAUCAUCAUUUAAACUUUGGGUGAUUGAUCAAAAUCAAAUAAUGUAUGAAAUUACAUUAUCUACUUUCUCCAUCUACUUGAUACUUAAUCUCAUAAACUACACUUAGAACGUCAUUUACUUAAUUACAACAUCAGUAAUACUCUGUAUUGAAUUAACAAUGCUUUUCUUCUUCCGACGAUACCCGAUGUAAAGAGAGUGUAUUAAAAGCUUAAAUUUGAUUGUGGUGAGUAUACUAAUUGACAUUUACAUAUGGUUAAACCAUGGUUAAACUCUUUAUUUAGAAGUUGGAGCUGCUAAAUUUUGUAAUCCUUUAAUUUUAUUCUAAAGGUCUGUAUAUGUAAGGCAAUAGAUUUUCUACACAAUCAAUAAUAUUUCUAAUUAGUUAAGCUGCUGAAAUUUCAAUACUCUAAUAAUAAUUGAUACCUCAUAUUACUUAUAGUCUAUUCAGUAUUUAUUUUAUUUUCCUUCGAUACCAGACUGAAAUGAAACGACGCUAACAUUACUUAGCUUUUAGAUCAUAAAUCUUAUACGAGAACUUAAUUGAAGAAUAAUUACCAGCAUGGGUUGUACUGGUUAAAUAUGAUAACAAAUAGGCUCAAUUAAAAAUGGACAAAAUAAACAGAGUCAUGAAAAACACAUUUAAUUUGAAUUCAGAUUAAAAAUUUAGAGAAUUUUUAAGAGAUUCCAAUGUCUAACCCUUAGAAGGUAUCAAUCAAAAAGCUUUUAAUUUUGAGGAUGUAUUAAUUAAUGACUUACUUUUAAAAUAAUAGAAUAAUAAAAUUACUAAAUUUGUAGGUAGGUUCUCUAAUAAUGAUAAAUAAUUGUAAUUUCAAAUUACUAAAAUCUAUUUUAAUAGUCUUGAACCUACAAUUUUAUUAUUAUUCAUUGAAGAAGGAGGAGAUUUAUUUGACUUUUUCACUCAUUAAUUAAAAUGGAGAGAUUAAUAACUUGUUAAUCAUAGUAAAAUGUGUUUAAAUUAUAUUAAAGAUCAAAUCAAUCUUUUAAAAUACUUUAAAUAAUCAGCAAAUUCACAAUAACUUAGUCAUAUUAAUAAUUAAAUUAGUAACAGUUACAUACUAUUUAAUUAAAGUUUAAACAUUUUAAAUAUCACUAAAAUAAUCUAUAAUAAAUUAAAAUAUAAUAUCAACUAGUUUCAUUUAGUAGAUCUAAUCAAUUAAUUAAAAAAUGAUUUAAAAUUUUCGAACAAAUAAUUAUUAUUUGAUAUCAGUUUAAAAACUGAUAGAUCAAAAAUGAUUUCAAUUAUAUUGAGUAUCUCAGAAUUUAUAAGAUUAAUGCUAGCAAUAAAUACAAAUGAUGAAUAAUAGCUAUAUGAAAUACAUCCAUUAGGUUUUCCAAUUUAAAUUAAAUUUAAAAGAAUUCAUUCAAACCCAGCAUGUUUAUAAAUUAUAAUGAAACAUCAACUUUUAAAUAUUCCAAUCUUAAUUCAAGAAGCUUUAAAGAGAGCGGUAACAUUUACAGAUCAUAAAAAAAGAAACUGGGGAGUAAACCAUUAUUAUGAAAACAUCUAAAAUUUAAGUGAUCAAUUUCAUAAAAUCAGUGUUACAUCUAAUAAAGUAACUUAAAGUUAGAUGCAAUAUCUUGAACUCGAUUAAAAUUUAUAACAAUAACAAUAGAAAAUAGGAGUUUAUUUGGAUGGAAGUACAGAACCCUUUAGUACUUUGGGUUUUCCAUUAGCCUAGUAUUUAAUCUCUUAAAUUGGUCCUAAUAAUCAAAUAGAAUUUUAAGAUAAAAAAUUAAAACAUGUUCCUGAUCCGCUUUCCUUUAGAAAUGCUACAACAAAAACUAAAAUAUUAUUUUAAGUAUAUGAAGACUUAAACUAAUUUAUAUUUCAAUUAAAUGAAUAAGAUCCAAAUCCUUACUUAGACUUUUUCAUUUAAAAUAACAGCUAAAAAGCUGGAUUCAAGAAUUAUAGCAGUAUGUCUCCUUAAUAUUAAAGAAAAAGUGGUUUAACAACUUAAUUGAUGAGUGGGAAAAUUAUUUGA